GCCGCUCGCCACAAAACCCCUCUCCCCUCACGCUCCCCACCCACCUCCUCCCCCUCGAGGCAAUGCCGAGCGCCCUUAACCUAGCCUGAGUUCGAGCUCAAUCCCCAUUCCGUCAUGGAUCGGCCGCCGCAUCUCGUCAUCGACCUCAACGAGGCCCCGCCGCCGCCGUCGAGCGACACCCCGCCGGCGCAGGCCCCGUCGCCGCCGCAGGAGUUGGCUCCGCCCGUCCAAGCUCCUCCUCCUCCUCCUCCUCCGCCGCCGCCGCCGCAGUUUCCUCCUCUCCUGCCGCCGCAGCUGCCCCUGGGUGCGCCCAACCAACAGGUGCGGCUCCAGCAGGAGGCCCUCGACGUGGUGCUUCGGGUCCACCGCCCCCUCGAACUGAGGAAUACACCUUUUGGGCCCAUAGGGAACGUGCCCGCCGGCUUGCUCCCUGGUCUGGGGCUGCCGCUGCUCCCUCUGCAGCCGCCGGCGCCUCACCCUGGGGAGGCGGGUUGGGGCAACCCGCCGGCCCCCUGCUCGUCCUGCGGUCGCCAGGAGAUUCUGGGGGGAACCUUGGUCUGCGACGCGUGUGACAGGGGGUUCCAUCCCAACUGCGUCCGCGUCUGGCCGCCUCUCUUCCCCCCGCCCCCGCCACCCGGCCCCCCUGGCGCCCGGCGGCCCCGUGCCGCCGCCAACGAGGACUGGAUCUGCCCUGCGUGUGAGAGGCGUGGCGCUCGCUCCACCCGCUGGAAGCUAGGUGCAGUUGAGCUUGACAUCAACGCUGCUCCGCCAGAGGACCCCGUCACAGUCAUCGCCAAUGACAUCCGCAGACAAAAUAUCACCGAUGGACCCCAGUUGACAGUUGCCAACUUGCCACAUUUUGAGGGGGGUCACUUGCAGAAUACUACUCUUUAUGAUGGAAUGCAGUUUAUGCCAGCAUUUGAUCUUGCCCAGUGUUUUGGCAUGAGACAAAAUUUUACUUCCAUGGAUCAAGAUUUAAUUGCUGAUGGAAACGUACCACAAAGAUCAGCUCAUUUACGCAGAAGAAGAGAUCUUCCACAAACAUCAACAUUACCCAAGGUUGCAGUGAACCAUGAGUUAGGAAGUGCUGGCACGUCUAUGGAUCCAUCAUUUUUUAACAAUACAAUCAAACAAAGUCCUAGUGAAAACAGAAGUUCCUUAAAGCCUCCAAUAUUUCUUAUGGAGAACAGUAAUCAUCAGCCACAUCAUCAUACAGUUGCACUACCUGUUCAAUAUAGUGAUUUUUUCAUUACCAGCUUGGGAGAAAUUGACAAUCGGACAAGUUACCACAAUUCAUACCAGAUAUGGCCAGUUGGGUUUACGUCUUACUGGCAUGAUAGAGUUACUGGUUCACUGUUUGAGUGUGAAGUGCACGAUGGAGGGAAUUUUGGACCUUUGUUUAAGAUGAGAAGGUUACCGUGUUCAGCAUUCCAACUUCCGGAUGCAUCAACCACAGUGUGCCUAAAUGUUGUUAGGAACGCUGAUACAAUAGAAACGAAGGAAGGUAGUGAUUUGAUUGAAGAUACUGCCAAUGAUGCUAAUGAUAAUAUUUCUAUGCUCUUAUCAGAUUUCUCUGAGACGAAUCAAGAUUUCUUAUCAUGUCUAGGUAAUGAUUUGGAGGGUAAAGAAAGUUUAGGGUGCAGUAAUGUAGAAACUAAGGAUAUGACAGUGCCAGAUGUGCUGUCAGAUCCUGGCUCUUUCAGUUGGGCACCGACCAAUGAUGCAAAUAUGUAUGACAAAAUUGGUGACUUCAGUUAUGAAGGAACAUCACCUUCCUCAGUCUGGAGGAUGAUUUCUUGUGCUAUGAUGGAAGCCUGUGAAAAAAUGUACAAGGAGCAUGGCCAUUUGGUAUUAUUCUGCACUCACAGUAGUGAAAAAUCUCCAUUUGACUAUGAAAGUGGACCUCAGCGCACUGAUGGUCCUUUCAAUCUAUUGGCUAAGUUUUGCUCAUCAAAUGGGCCUAAGGUACCACAGUUUAUAGAAAAGGAGAAUGAUGUGCAGUCAACUUGUGCAUUACUUAAAGAAUGGCUGUAUCCAGACAGAAUCGGGUUUGAUUUGGAAUUUGUUCAAGAAUUUGUGGAAUCUCUUCCUAAAUCCGGGGCUUGUUCACACUAUCAGUUCUUGUGUAACAGGACUGGAAUUAACUCUUCACUGACGAUUGCAAGUGGCACACUGGUAGCUGUUAAUAAAAAUAGUCCAAUGCAUGCGAGACAUGGAUCUGUAGUGAGUGGGCCGCAGGAUCAUGCUCAGCCUAGCUCUUCUAGCAUCCGUGAGCUUCCUCCAGGAAAUCCUAUUAGCCGCAAGCUUGCACCAGAAUUGGCUGGGGAUGUUUUCCAGAUAUUGGAGUUUCUUGGACGAUUUGCUGAAAUCAUCGGCCUGAAAGAACUUCCUUCAAUUGAGCAAGUAGAAGAUGAACUCAUUGACCCAUGGCCAAUGCAUCCAAAUAAAAAUGACAUCCACAACUACAUGGAUCACAAUCCACCGAUGAAUUCACCUGCUAAUGUUUCUUCAUCGUACUCGAAUGGCGAAUCAGGUAUAACUUCUAUUGAAGAAAUGGUAUAUGUGUCUAUUCCAGUUGAGACUUCUUCAGCACGAGAAGCUGCUCAAAAUAAGUUGGCUGCCCAGACACUUGGGAGAUGUAGUGGUUUAGUGCUGCCUGAGAUCCACAUUGCACUCUUGAAGGUUCUUUUCACCGAACUUGUAUCUAGAGUCGCAAUUUUUGUGGAUCCAAGCAUUGAUUUAAAAGAAUCAAAAUCCAGACGAGGAAGAAAAAGGGACACUGAUACUCUAACAAGAGAGUUAAAGAUUGAUAUGCUGACUGCUAACAAUUUGACUUGGCCGGAGUUGGCUAGAAGAUAUAUUUUAGCUGUUUCUUCCAUGAGUGGCUGCAUGGAUUUAUCUGAUAUUUCUAGUCGAGAAGGAGUGAAAUUGUUCCGCUGCCUACAAGGUGAUGGAGGUAUCCUGUGUGGAGCUCUACCCGGGGUUGUUGGCAUGGAGAAGGAUGCAUCGCUACUUGCAGAGGCUGAAACAUUGAUAUGCAAUUCUUCAGCAAAUGAAGGGAAUACCGUCUUUAUGAUGGAUUACAAGGAUACUGAUAUUGUAGAUUCUCCUGAGGAGCCUGCUAGUGACACUACGUUGCCAGAUUGGGUGAAAUCAUUGGAGCCUGUGAGAAAAUUGCCAACUAAUGUGGGAACAAGAAUAAGGAAGUGUGUUUAUGAAGCUUUGGAGAGAAAACCUCCAGAAUGGGCAAGGAAAAUUUUGGAGCACUCAAUCAGUAAAGAGGUCUACAAGGGUAAUGCAUCUGGACCAACCAAGAAAGCUGUUUUAUCCGUCUUGACAGAGGCAUGCCGUACAAAAGUACCCCAGAAUACAGAAAAACCAAGAAAAGAGAGAAAUAUUAUCUCCAUCUCAGAGGCUGUCCUGAAAAAGUGCCGUAUUGCCCUGCGGCGUGCUAUUUCCUCUGAUGAAUCAAAGCAGUUUGCUAAUUUGCUUGGAACAACUCUAACAAAUUCCAAUGAGAAUGAAGAUGAGGGCAUCCUUGGAUUUCCUGGUAUGGUAUCCCGCCCUUUGGAUUUCCGCACAAUUGAUAUAAGGUUGGCUAAGGGAGCUUAUCGCGGAUCUUGGGAGGCUUUUCUUGAUGAUGUACAAGAAGUAAUUUGUAAUCUGCAAACUGCAUUUGCUGAUCGACCUGAAGUGCUGAUAAUGGUUGUUGCACUGUCUGAGAGUUUUGAGUCAUUGUAUAAGACAGAGGUACAAGACCUUGUUGAGAAAUUUGACAGAUAUCUAAGCAAUGAAAAUGAUAGCUCAGAAAUCCACCAGGAGCUACAAGAUGCUCUCACGGCAGCAAACAAUAAACUGCCGAAAGCACCAUGGGAGGAUGGUGUCUGCAAAGUCUGUGGAAUCGACCGUGAUGACGAGAGCGUUCUUCUAUGUGAUAAUUGUGACUCUGAAUACCACACUUAUUGCCUGAACCCACCACUGGCACGCAUACCGCUUGGAAACUGGUAUUGUCCAUCAUGUACUGCCCAAACUCAUGUUGCAGUGCAAGAACAAAAGAAGUGCCUUGGGGAGGAAGCUCAUGUUUUUAUUGAGAAACUCAACAAGUUAGCUGUUGCGAUGGAUGAGAAAGAGUACUGGGAGCUAACCGUAGCAGAGAGAAUCUAUUUGCUAAAAUUUCUAUGUGACGAAUUGCACAACACAGCUCUCAUCAGAGAACAUCUAGAUCAGUGUUCAGACAAGUCAAAUGAUCUCCAGCAGAAAUUACGUCACCUGAAUUAUGAACUGAAAGAGUUAAGGUAUCGGGUAGAAAUAAAAAAUCCUUAUGCCACACAAAGUAGAUGGAUGAAAAAUGACCAAGUAAGCAAUAGUUCAGGACUCGUGGAGAAUCAGCAGCGUGCUAUGCCCACAGCCUCAGAGCAUCUUGAAGAGGCUGAACAGGUUAAUGUUGGAGUUAACCUGAACAACCCUGCUGAAGGGGUUCCUGCUGCACUAUUGGAUGUGGGUAAACCUUGCAGUACUGACAAUGGCAUAUCCAGCACAUCUGUUAUUGAAGGAAAUAAAUCUUUGGGGCUUUCAGAACAACCAUCAAAGAUAAUUACUGACCAGACUGAUCGGGACUCUAUUGCCGAAGGAUCCAAUAGUUGCGAGAAAUCAUUAGUUGGCAAAAGUGGUACUUGUGAUCCGAAUGUGGGAGAGACUCAUGCUGCUACAGUUAUCAAUGCACCAAAUGGAGAUUUACCUGAUGAAAAUGCUAUGACAUUGUCCCAAGAUAAUAUUGAAACAUCGACAUCUAAACUGGUUGACCAUGAUGCUGAUAUGAACGAAUCAAAUAAUUUAUUGGAGAGGAUUUCACAGUUGCAUGGUUCAAUUAGCACAGUAGAGUCACAGCUUAGUAUGGCAUCCUUGAGAGGAGAGUGCCUGGGUAGGGAUUCUGUUGGUCGAUUGUACUGGGUUACAGGAAGACCUUGUAAGCGUCCUCGUCUUGUUGCAGAUGGAAGCAUGAUGAUACCCAAGGACAGAGACAUUAGCAUGGUUACAAGCCAUUCUCAGUCAACAUUCGAUAGAGGUUGGAAUUCGGCAUCACUUGUUAUUUAUGAAUCUGAUGAAGAAAUGAAGUGUCUUGUUGACUGGCUAAGGGACAUUGAUCCAAGGGAGAAGGAUCUGAAAGACUCUAUCUUGCACUGGCAAAAGUCUAUUUAUCGCCAGGCUAGUUUCCCCAUCACUGAUCCUCCAGUGUCCAAGUUUUCAAAGAGUGAGCCACUUAUGGAGCUUCCAAACACCAAUGCUUUUAUAGUUUUGGAGCAAAAGUAUGGUCUGCAAACGGAUCAGGACACUAGUGAGCUAUCCAAAAGGAGAGGAACGAAGUCAAGGUCGGGUUCUGAAGAAAGAGUAUAUCGCUGCGACUGUUUAGAGCCUAUAUGGCCUUCUCGACACCAUUGCUUAAAUUGUCAUGAAACUUAUCUCACAUUGAUGGAAUAUGAAGGGCAUAAUGGUGGAAAAUGCACCAGCAGUAACGACUGUCCUAAUGAAAGUAAAGAAAUUGAUGAGCCGAAACUGAAGGGCAGCAAGUCUGAUAUAAAGGAAAAAGAUCCUGUAGUUCAUAAUUGUUCCGUUGAACCAUCUAACAGUGGAAAAUUGGAGUCAUGCCCUUAUGACUUUGAAGAAAUUUGUAGAAAAUUUACCACAAAUGAUUCAAUCAAGGAGACGGUGAAGGAGAUUGGGCUGCUUGGCUCAAAUGGAAUUCCAUCUUGUGUACCUUCACCUGCAUAUUUCCUUGACCCGCCAGUUCUGCUAAAUGAAAGUAAAAGAAAUGACGAUAAACCAAAUGAUUGGACUUCCUCAUUGCAGGAAUGCCAAGCUGUGUCUGCCAAAAUGUCAGGGCAAGAGGGAUCUCAAGUUGGCCAAGAUUUUUCUGGCAAUGCAGGUGAUGAGGAGUUGCCAAAAUCUAAGAAGCCUGUCAGGGAUAGUACUUCAGCCAAGGAAGCACCUUCAACAGACAUAUCCACAAGAUUGCUAACUGUUAAUGGGGGAUUGGUUCCAGAGUCAUCACUGAUGCCUGUAAUAGGCAGGAAUUUUCAUAUCCUGAAGCAGCUAAAGAUUAACUUGCUUGACAUAGAAGCAGCUUUGCCUGAGGAAGCAUUCAGAGCCUCAAAGUCUCAGCAAAUAAGAAGACGUUCAUGGCGUGCUUUUGUGAAGGAUGCAGAAUUAAUAUCAUAUGUGGUAUUGGCAAUCAAUUUCUUGCAGAGCAUGAUAAAAGCCGAGUUUCUGAAGAAAGAUUGGUGGUACUGGUCCUCCUUCACUGCAGCUAUCAAGACAACAACUGUAUCAUCGCUUGCGCUCAGGAUUUACACCCUCGACGACUGCAUCAUGUACACAAAGGAUCCAGCUCCAAACCUGCAGCCAGCUGACAAUGCAAGGUCUGGAAACAAGGGGAAGAGGAAGAAAGACAUAGAUUCAUGAGCAUCGUAACCACAAUGCUCCUGGCUUCCCCUGUAGAUUCUAUCUAUCUGCAUUUAGAGGCUUCUCAGUUCUCUGGCAGCAUAACAACGCGGUCAGGUAGAUUGGAGAUAUAGAUGGUAGUGGUCAGGUAGAUUGGAGAUAUAGAUGGUAGUGAUACAGGUCGCAACCUAUGUGUGACCUCUUUCUUACUGUACAUUCCAGUGUCACAGCAAGGGUGCAGCCAUGAUUUGCCCGUUUCAGUCUUGUCCUACUUACUGGCCUGCCAUUGCGCGAUAUCUGCUGUUGCUAAGGCUCAAUCUCUGUAAAUUCUACUCGAGGGAUGGCACCGGGCAAGUGCUGGUGUUUAAUCUGUUGCCCGAUGUGUUGAUCUGUUCUAGGGGAUUAGAGGAGGAAUGCUAGGUCGGUAGGAUUUACCCCAUUUCUACCCUGCUUCAUUUUAUUUUAGUGGUGGCAGUGGGUAGUCGUAGUUUUUUCUUUUCUUUUCUUUUCAGAGCUGGGAUUGUUUGAUGGAUGUCCCCUGCGGCAUCUGACUGCUUUAGGGAAUUUGAUACAUGACGAGUGUAAUAUUUUUUUUGACAUAGAAGUUGUAACUAAACCGAAACUAAUAAUGAUGAAUGAAAAUGAAUCCCUGUUCCUU